AUGUAUCUGAACAUUGCUCUUCCCGCCCUCCUCGCCGCGCGGUUCGUCGCGGCGAUCGACUUCACCGACUACGACCCGCAGCCCGGCGUCCAGCCCGAGUUCAAGGACUUCCUCAACGCUCUCGUCACCCCGGCAGAGGACCCCACCGCCACCACAGCCUACACGGACUUCUUCACGGCAGACGGCAUGCAGACCACGCUGAGCAUCCACUGCGUCGGCGCCGACGCCAUCACCAAGUGCAAGCAGCGCUUCCUGCCCACCGACGGCAGCAUGUCGCUGACGCACUUCCCCAACACGACCUUUAUCGCGGACAAUAACGCCACCGCGACGGUGUACGAGGCGCACGGGCGCAUUGAGAAUAACUUCAAGGCGGGGAACUGCUCGCAGAUCUACUACAAGACGCAGUACACCGUGCUUAAGACGGUCCAGUCUGUUGACGCGGCGCCGAACUUGUCGACGAAGCCUGAGCAGCAGGUGUACUGGUACCACGAUUACUUUGUCAACCCAACGGGCGUGCCGUCGGAUAUUCCUUGCGAUAGCCAGAAGGCGUAG